AUGGAUGUCUCGUUUUGUCCGACCAAAUGUAGUUUUUGGAAGGUUUUCUGGCUCUGGAGCGUGUGGGGGGACUACUUGGUUUCCGUCUUGGGUUGCCCUGCCAACUGUCUUUGCAGUAAAACCGAGAUCAACUGCAACCGCGAGGACGACGGCAACCUCUUCCCCCUUCUGGAAGGACAAGAUUCGGGCACAACCAACGGGAACACCAGCAUUAACAUCACGGACAUCUCUAGGAAUAUCACUUCUAUACACAUAGAGAAAUGGAGGAAUUUGCAGACACUGCAUGCCGUAGACAUGGAGCUGUAUACAGGACUCCAGAGACUGACAAUCAAAGAUUCAGGGCUCAAGAGCAUUCAACCACGAGCAUUUGAUAAGAACCCUCAUUUACGCUACAUAAACCUCUCUAGUAACCGGCUGACAACUCUAUCCUGGCUGCUCUUCAAGACUCUGAGACUUAUUGAACUGAGGUUAGAUGGAAAUAGCUUCAACUGCAGCUGCGAUAUCCGCUGGAUCCAGCUGUGGCAGGAGAAAGGCGAAGCAAAUAUGCAGAACCAAGACUUGCACUGUAUGAGCCUGGAGACCAACCGCAUACCUAUAAAGAAGAUGAACAUCAGCCAUUGUGAUCUGCCUGAAAUCAGUGUAAGCCACGUGAAUCUGACUGUGUGUGAGGGUGAAAAUGCUGUUAUCACCUGCAAUGGUUCUGGCUCACCUCUGCCUGAUGUUGAUUGGACGGUGGUCAAUCUGCGCUCUAUCAACACUCAUCAGACAAAUGCCAACUGGACCAACGUUCAUUCCAUCAAUCUAACCCUGGUGAAUGUCACAAGUGAGGACAAUGGGUUCCUGCUGACAUGUAUUGCCGAAAAUGUGGUGGGAAUGUCUAAUGCCAGUGUGCUUCUCACUGUGUAUUAUCCUCCUCGUGUCAUCAGUUUGUUAGAGCCCAUCCGGCAGAUGGAACACUGCAUUGAGUUUUUGGUGCAUGGGAACCCUCCACCCCAAAUCCACUGGCUGUACAAUGGACAACUUCUCAGGGAGACAGACUUCAUCCGCAUGGAAUUAUACCAGGAAGGGGAAGUGUCUGAUGGCUGCUUGCUCUUCAACCAUCCAACUCACUACAACAAUGGCAACUACACUAUCGUGGCAACCAACUACCUGGGGACAGCCAACCAGACGGUCAAGGGGCACUUCCUGGAGAAACCCUUCCCAAGCAUUCCAGAUGGGAUUGUCACAUUUGAGUAUAGUCCAAGUCCUACUCCUCUUAUCACAGUGACGCAUAAGCCAGAAGAGGACACAUUUGGGGUAUCCAUAGCUGUGGGACUUGCAGCUUUUGCCUGUGUGCUUCUGGUGGUCCUCUUUAUUAUGAUCAACAAAUAUGGCCGGCGAUCAAAGUUUGGAAUGAAAGGUCCUGUGGCUGUGAUCAGUGGGGAAGAAGAUUCUGCUAGCCCUCUGCAUCAUAUCAAUCAUGGCAUCACCACACCUUCAUCGUUGGACUCUGGGCCAGAUACAGUGGUGAUUGGCAUGACACGGAUUCCUGUUAUUGAGAACCCGCAGUAUUUCCGGCAGGGCCACAAUUGCCACAAGCCAGACACGUAUGUACAGCAUAUUAAGAGAAGAGACAUCAUUCUGAAGAGAGAGCUUGGCGAAGGUGCUUUCGGGAAGGUGUUCCUGGCUGAGUGCUACAACCUCAGUCCCACGAAGGACAAGAUGCUGGUGGCUGUGAAGGCUUUGAAGGACCCAACCUUGGCUGCCCGGAAGGACUUCCAAAGGGAGGCAGAACUGCUCACUAACCUGCAGCAUGAACACAUUGUGAAGUUCUAUGGUGUCUGUGGUGAUGGAGACCCGCUUAUCAUGGUGUUUGAGUACAUGAAGCAUGGUGACCUGAAUAAAUUCCUGAGGGCACAUGGCCCAGAUGCGAUGAUCCUUGUGGAUGGGCAGCCCCGGCAAGCCAAAGGAGAGCUUGGUCUCUCUCAAAUGCUUCAUAUCGCUAGCCAGAUUGCUUCUGGGAUGGCUUACCUCGCCUCCCAGCACUUUGUACACAGAGACCUGGCAACAAGGAACUGCUUGGUCGGCGCUAACCUGCUGGUGAAGAUUGGAGAUUUUGGGAUGUCCAGAGAUGUCUACAGCACUGAUUACUACAGGGAAGUGCCGCAUCCGAAGGGCUAUUUCAGCACCAGGUGGCAGCAGCAGAGACUAGCAGCAAUGGCGGCUUCAACAGUGGGAGGACAUACCAUGUUGCCCAUCCGUUGGAUGCCUCCUGAAAGCAUCAUGUACCGGAAAUUCACAACAGAAAGUGAUGUCUGGAGUUUUGGCGUGAUUCUGUGGGAGAUCUUCACAUAUGGGAAGCAGCCAUGGUUCCAGCUGUCAAACACUGAGGUCAUUGAGUGUAUCACCCAAGGACGGGUCUUGGAGAGACCUCGAGUAUGCCCCAAGGAGGUUUAUGACAUCAUGUUGGGCUGCUGGCAGAGGGAACCUCAGCAGCGGCUGAACAUCAAGGAAAUCUACAAGAUCCUUCACACUCUGGGUAAAGCCACACCAAUCUACCUGGACAUCCUUGGCUAGCGGUGGCCACUUUUUGGAUAUAAUUGCUCUGUUCUUCUUCUCCCCUCCCUACCUCUCCUUCAAGCCAACAUACUCAUAUAA